CAAUCUUAUUUUUAUUUGGUGGAGAAAAAACGAAUUUGCAUUGUGCGAGAUUCCAAAUAUUGAGGGUUUUUUCACAGUGACUCGAGAACAGCUAAGGAAGAAGAAGAAGAAAAUGCCGUGCCUUAACAUUUCUACAAAUGUGAACUUGGAAGGAGUUGAUACUUCUUCCGUACUUUCUGAAGCUACCUCCACUGUUGCCAAACUCAUCGGCAAACCAGAAGCUUAUGUCAUGAUUGUGUUGAAGGGAUCUGUUCCCAUGGCUUUCGGGGGUACAGAACAGCCCGCUGCCUAUGGAGAGUUGGUCUCCAUUGGGGGUUUAAAUGCUGAUGUCAACAAGAAACUCAGUGCUGCAAUAGCUGACAUACUUGAGACUAAAUUGUCUAUCCCCAAAUCUCGAUUUUUCCUGAAAUUCUAUGAUACUAAGGGUUCCUUCUUUGGCUGGAAUGGAUCUACCUUCUGAAUUUCCAUUUCAUUUCACAAUUGGCCAUCUUUGAGCCACUUAUAAAACUGUAUGUAUGUGGUUGGAUCUGUAUCAGCCGAGUAACUUCGUAUUAAAUCUUUCUUUGUAAUACUUGGAAUGAUGAACGUCUGGUCCUUGUGAAUGUUGGAAUUAUCCUGCAUCUAAGCCUUUGAUGUGAUCAUCGAAACAUUGUCUUGAAUAUGAGGUCUGAGCUAUCAGCACUCUUUCGCGUUCA